GGCGUCGGAAGGAAGGGGCGGCGCCUCAACGACCAAUCAGAGCCGCGGCGUGCGGGGGAGGGGGGGCGUGGCGCGGCGCCUCCGCCGACCAAUCGUGGGCGGGGCGUCGGGGGCGGGUGGGCGGGGCGUGGCCGGCGGCAGCCAAUGAAGGGCGCGGCGAUGGCGGCGCGCGCGGCGCUGUGCGUGGCGGGCGCCGCGCUCUCGCUGUACGCGCUGCACGUGGAGCGGGAGCACGCGCGCGACCCCUCCUACCGGGCGGCCUGUGACCUGGGGCCCGCCGUGUCCUGCACCCGCGUCUUCGGCUCCCGGUGGGGCCGCGGGCUGGGGCUGGUGGAGCUGGCGCUGGGCAGGGACAGCCCGGCCAAUGUCCCCAACGGCGCCGUGGGGGUCGUCUUCUACCUGCUGCAGGGGCUGCUGGGGGCCGUGCCGGGUCGGGGGGCGUCGGCGGUGCUGUUGGGGACCUCGGUGGCCUCGGCGCUGGCCUCGCUGUGGCUAGCGGGGGUGCUGGCCUUCGGCCUCCAGGACCUCUGCCUCGUCUGCCUCAGCACCUACCUCCUCAACGGCCUCCUCCUCGCCCUCAACUGGCGGCGCUGGCGGCGCCUCCCCCGUCCCAAAACCGCCUGAAACGCACCCAAAAAAAAAAACAAAAAACAAACCCCUCAGUGUGGGGGUGGGGGGGUGGGGGGGCACCCUGGGGGUGGCCCUCCGUCUGUCCCCAAACAUGGCAGGGCCCUGGUGUCUCGCUGGGUGCUGUUGUGUCGUGUGUCCCCCCCCUCCCCCCCCCCCCCCCCCCAAACCCUGUUACCCCCCCACACUAUGGGGGGUCCCAGGCAUCCGGGACCCCUAGAAGGGACCCAGGUGUCUGGGACCCCCUUACACCCCCCCCAUGAGGGACCCAAGUGUGGGGGGACCCCCUUACAGCCCCCCCCAAUAAGGGACCCAGGCAUGCGGGACCCCCCAUGAGGGACCAAAGUGUGGGGGGACCCCCUUACAGCCCCCCCCAAUAAGGGACCCAGGCAUGCGGGACCCCCCAUGAGGGACCCAAGUGUGGGGGGACCCCUUUAAGGCUCCCCCAUAAGGGACCCAGGCGUUGAGGACCCCCCCCAUGAGGGACCCAAGUUGCUGGGGGGGGGGCCCUUGCAGCCCCCCAGUAAGGGACCCAGGUGUCUGGGACCCCUUGAUUGC